GUUGGAGGUUCAAGGUGCAACAAUACAUUUACCUUGUGAUGAAUAUACCAGUCAGUUAGUCAGAUAUCUGUGGACAUAGACGAUCUGAGUUUAUGAUUCCAUGGUAGUUGAUUUGCUGACAUUGUUGAAGAAAACCAACACACAAACAGAUAUGUCAUCUGGUACAGCCCUUAUAGCAGGUGUGACAGGGGUAGCUGGACUCAGCUUGGCACGUCGCUUGGUUUCAAACAACUGGAAAGUGUAUGGCAUAUCAAGAAGGGCCUCAGAUUUCCUCCCUAGUGGGAUAAACCAUGUUCUCUGUGACCUUCAGGAUGCAAGCCAGUGUUCUGAUGCACUAGAAGAUCUAAAAGAUGUCACUCAUGUCUUCUACGCAACAUGGGCAACGACAAUGGAUCCUGAGAAAGACUGUGACAUGAAUCGAUCAAUGUUAGCCAAUCUCAUGGAACAUCUACCAUCUCAGAUCAAACAUUUUGCAUUGCUAACUGGAGGCAAGCACUACUUGGGUAAUUUUGGCGAUUUUAUGAAUCCUGUUGACCCUAUCAAAGAAACAAUGGAUAGACUUCCUGGUCCCAACUUCUACUACGAGUUGGAGGAUGAAGUAUUUAGCUGGGUUGCCAAGAGAGGCUUCACAUGGAGUGUUGCUAGACCUAUGGUCAUCGUAGGAUUUGCCCCUAACAAUGUAGUAAAUGCAGCUACGGGAAUAGCUGUAUAUGCAAUCUUAUGCAAAGAGCUCAACUUGCCGUUCCAUUUCUUUGGUGGUAAGAAUCUGUAUCACAACAUAUCUAAUAUUACUGAUGCUGAGAUGUUGGCUGACCACAUGAUUUGGGAGUCAACUGAGCAAAAGGCAGCUAACCAGGCCUUCAAUGUUGUAAAUGGGGAUGUAUUUAGAUGGAAACAGCUAUGGGGAGCCAUUGCAAAAUAUUUCAACCUUGAGGUGCCUGAGUACAAAGGAGAAGCUGCAUCGGUCUCUACAUUUAUGGAUGAUAAGUCAGAUGUGUGGGACUCCAUUGUGAAUAAACAUGGUCUCUAUAAAACAGACUUAAAGACAAUUUGUGCUUGGUGGUUCUUUGUUAUGUAUCAGGAAUUAUCAGAUCCAUUACCCCUGGUGGAUAUGACAAAAAGUAGAGAACUGGGAUUUCUGAAGUAUCAGAGUUCUGAGAAAAAUUUCUUUAAAACAUUUGACUAUAUGAAAGAAGCCAACAUCAUUCCAAAAUAAUUUGAACAUUGAUAUUCUGAAACUGAUGGGCUAUGUCCUACAUUGAAAAUAUUAAAUAUGACUCUCAUUUCCCACACUUUGAUUUCAAAUAAGGAUUUUUAAAGAAUCAGAUUACUAAAGAGUCUUCAAAACAUUUCAUCAUAUAAAAAAUCUUACUAGUUCAUUAUUCCAAAAUUACUUGCCUUUACCUAUUUCAGGAUUUAUUAGACUAUAUUGGCCCUUUGUAUAAGACCCAUUUUCAAACCCUUCCGGUAAAUAUCACCUUCACUGUUACAAUGGGGGUCUAGAAACUUACCUCUAGCUUCCCUCUUUUGUC